GCGAUCGCCUGGACCGGCUGUAGCGCGGCUGUGACCGCCACUUGCUGCUGGGUCUCCCGAGCGGAGUGCAACGCGCAGAGGUGCCACUCGGAGGUGCCAUGCUUCGCAGGGCGCUGCAGCCCAGCAUGUGCCGGUGCCUCUCUACCCGGGGGCUCAGCGCACGCAGAGGAGGCUCCACGCUGGAUUGGGGUGGAAAGGUGUCUGAGAUUAAGAAGAAGAUCCGGUCAGCUCUGCCUGGAGGGUCCUGGGAUGCACCGUAUGACACCAGCCACCUACCCCCUGAACACGCAGACGUGGUGAUCGUGGGAGGUGGGGUGAUUGGCCUGUCUGUGGCCUAUUGGCUGAAGAGGUUGGAGGGGCGGCGAGGUGCCAUUCGGGUGCUGGUGGUGGAACGGGACCACACGUAUUCGCAGGCCUCCUCAGUGCUUUCUGUGGGAGGGAUUCGCCAGCAGUUCUCCGUGCCUGAGAACAUCCAGCUGUCUCUCUUCUCAGCCGACUUUCUACGCAACAUCAACGACUACUUGGCCGUAGUCGAUGACCCUCCCGUGGACCUCCAGUUCAACCCCUCAGGCUAUCUGUUGCUGGCUUCAGAAAAGGGUGCUGCCGUCAUGGAGAGCAACGUGAAGGUGCAGAGGCAGGAAGGAGCUAAAGUUUGUCUGAUGUCUCCUGAGCAGCUUCGGAACAAGUUCCCCUGGAUAAACACAGAGGGAGUAGCCUUGGCUUCUUAUGGGAUGGAGGACGAAGGUUGGUUUGAUCCCUGGAGUCUGCUGCAGGGGCUUCGGCGAAAGGUCCAGUCCAUGGGGGUCCUUUUCUGCCAGGGAGAGGUCACACGCUUUGUCUCUUCAUCUAACCGCAUGGAGGACGCAAGUGGGGAAGAAGUGAUUUUGAAAAGGAUUCACGAGGUCCACGUAAAGAUGGACCACAGCCUGGAGUACCAGCCUGUGGAGUGUGCCAUAGUGAUCAACACAGCCGGAGCCUGGUCUGGGCAGAUCGCAGAGCUGGCUGGUAUUGGGAAGGGGCCCCCUGGCACCCUGCAGGGCACCAGGCUCCCUGUGGAGCCGAGGAAAAGGUAUGUGUACAUAUGGCACUGCCCCCAGGGACCAGGCCUGGAGACUCCCCUUGUAGCAGACACCAGCGGAGCCUAUUUUCGCCGGGAAGGCCUAGGCAACAACUACCUAGGCAGCCGUAGCCCCACUGAGGAGGAGGAACCAGACCCAGGGAACCUGGAGGUGGACCACAGUUUCUUCCAGGAAAAGAUGUGGCCCCACCUGGCCCGGAGGGUGCCAGCUUUUGAGACUCUGGAGGUUCGCAGCGCUUGGGCAGGCUACUACGACUACAACACCUUUGACCAGAACGGUGUGGUGGGCCCCCACCCCCUAGUCCUCAACAUGUACUUUGCUACGGGCUUCAGUGGUCAUGGGCUCCAGCAGGCCCCUGCUGUGGGACGAGCUGUGGCAGAGCUGGUGCUGAAGGGCAGCUUCCAGACCAUCAACCUGAGCCCCUUCUCCUUCAGCCGCUUUUACUUGGGGGAGAAGGUCCAGGAGGCCAGUGUCUCCUGAGCUGCCAGGUCAUUCUGCCCCCAUGUGGCAGGGCAGAGAGGCCAACUGCGGGUUCUGAAGUUUUUCCCCUGAAGCCCAGACUGACAGAGUGAUGGCGAGACUUUGACACCCACCAAGGUAGUCCAGCUGAACAGAACACUCAGG